ACCUAAUGGAAAAGCAAGCACACCCCACCCACCCUUACAUUUUCAAAUAACGCUCUCACCGAGAUCUGAGAUCGCCGUCGUCGAUGGCUCUCCGACUGGUCUACGUUGUCGCCUUCAUCUCAACAUCAUGCGCUUUCUUCAUGCUCCUCCACCUUCUCCUCCAGCCUGUCUUCUAUUUCACCCCCGCCUGAUCAUAUCUACCUACAAUCUCCGCUCAUGUCUAUAUGUAUGCCACAACACUCUCCACCGGCGGUAUAGACCCGGAAAUCGAUAAGCAUUAUUUGCGACCAUGGAUAGCGAUGCUUUGAGAACAAGGUUCAUGACGGUUUUCGUUGUAUCUGGAAGCGUUGUGAUUCUUGCUCACCAGUUUCAUAAACGACUUGUCUCCAACUUUAUGAAAAAGAUAGAAUUCGAAUUGGGUUCAGGGCCAAAUCAAACAAAAAAGAAGGUGAGGUUCUCUUGUGAAGCAUUGAAGGUUUUAUCGACCAAUAAACAAAACUCGAAGAAGUUGUCGUCAAACGUGACGAUGGCCGCGGCCGCCAUGGAUCGUUCCUGUGAUAAUAAGAAAUGCAGAAAGACAAUGCCUCUCAAUUGGCAGAUUAUGUAUAAAGGGAUCAUAGACUACAAGAAUUCGAUUUCUGUUCCGUAAAUUCUUUUCUUGAUUUGAUGGUGGUUGAUGGUGCUGAAAUUUUAAGGAUGGGGAAAAUUAUGUCAUUUUGUGUAAAUAUUUUUUGAUUUUAAUUGAUGUCGAAAACUUUCUGUUUA